UGUAUCAAGUUUAGUUUUCAAUUGGAAAAUUUAUGUAUCAAGUUAGGAACACCACAUCUUAGAAUCCAAAGUCAUUCUUUUUAUACGUUUUCUAGACACAUAGUGUUACUAGUUUUAAAUGUAGCAAUAGAAAUCGAAAUAAAUAAUGAAGUGGCUAUGCUGGAAGUCGUUUGGUUGCCCCUUGCCCAACAUCCUGCCUAAUUCAUUGUCCUGGACAGAUGAUAUGACCACCUUAAGUAUGCUUAACGAAAGUCGGGAAAUGGUGGAUGGGUCCAUUGGAUGCUGCUCCAUUGACUGGCUUAUGCAGCUCCAACAACCCUCGUGUCCGCUGGUGAGGCUAUUGAUACUCGGAUUGUUAGCAUUGCCAGUUUAUAAUGCUAUAUUGAUUGUGGUGGGAUGGCGUCUACACUGCAGUGUUUCUAGCAGUGCCGAGCGUUUGGUGGUGGACAGCCAAGGGUACAGACCUGUCAAGCGCCAAGCUCCUUCACCUCCACUAGCUCCCAAGCCACCGCCGCGUCUUCGUCGACAUAAAGCCACCGAGACUCCAUCUUCUUCGAGCCUGGUAUUAUGGUAUCAAAAACCCCAUUUCAGUCAAGAGAAUCCCUUUGAUGAGGACGACAACUACAAAGACCUCAGGGAGAAUUUGAAAAUGGUUCUAGGUGGCUUGCAGAAUGCUUCUUUGCCUCUUCCGCCACAAACGCCCAUCUUUGUCCCCCCUCUUGUUGAGCCCUUAACGCCGUCGGAAUCACUGACUCCAACUGAAUCCCCCAGAAGAGGGAACCAAAAGCAACGCUACAAACUUUUAUCAGGGAUCCUUAAGCAUCUGGGCAUAAACUCUAUUCGGAAGAGAUGGAAAACACACGCCAGCCGGAAGAAAAUAACGACUUCAGCAAGCAGCGCUUCCUUAUCUAAUUCCUCGGGCAUUGGUAACAGCUCCUUCUAUGUCUAUUAAACCAAAAUCUGCUCAACUUCGAGAGCUCAUCUAUCAUGAAAUCAGCGCCCUAUUCAGUGUGAAACUGUACGAUUAUAUUUUGUUACGAUUAAAAGCGUGCUGAGGUCAACCUUGUUGGCCCGGCCCAUUAAGGCCUUGAAAUUGCGGUAGCUUUAUUAGAACACAUCCGGCAUCAUAGUUCCAAAGCGGUGGCCGACAAAAGACUUAAACGACAAACCUUGUUCUCUCAUCAAUCUUUUGGCGGCAACCGACAAAAAUAAUAUAAACACCAAAACAAAGGUAAAACAAACAAAAGGCAAAUAAGCCCAACUACGGUGAGCUUGCUCGUUCGCCGAUGACUGGCUGAUUAAGGGGCAGCGAAAGCAGAUCGCUAUCGUCACUGCCGUUUCAGCUCCACUUCGAGCUCCUCCUCCACCAGGCAAGCAUCCAAGUGCAGCUCCAUCAUUGUCUGGGCCACAAUAGCAGGAAGGAAAAGCCAAAGAGCACGGGAAAAAACAAGGUGAUAUUUGGAGCACUGAAACUCGGAUGCUCUGCACACCAUAAAGACUCAGAUGAGUCUUUAUGGGUUGGGCCUUUUGGGUGAUCACAAACCCAAAUGGAUUAAAAUUUAGGUAUUUGUGGAAUCUCUAUUUCAAACUAAGUUAUUGGGGUAUUAAGCAGAAGUCUGGGGGAUUACACACUUUAUUGGGGUACAGCAAAAAAUGAAAUUUAUUCUUUGAGAUAAUAAUAUGCAUAUUUCUUAUAAAUGGAAGUAAUCCAUAAAGAGAUUAGUUCUAUAAAUAACUUGACAGCAAAUCAUUUUGAAAUCACCUUGAAUUCAUUUUGUUUAAAAAGAAUUAAACACUUUAAACUUUCCUUUUGCCAAUACUUAAAAAAAUCAUUUAAAAUAAUAAUCAACCGAACAAUAUACAACCAUCUUUGAAGGACGGAAAUAACCUGCUUCGGAAAGGGCAGAUCACCCUCGAAAAUUACAACGCAAAAUGAGCGGCCGACUCCCAGACGAGUUUUUGUUCUUCCGCAGCCGAGUGAGAUGAUGACCAGGCCAUCCCGAUGGUGCGAUUCCAGUCGAUCUGAUGGUAACUAAGAGUGAACAAAAUAAAAAUAAACGAGACAAGGCCCCCCAGGCAAGGCCAUUGAAAAGUGAAAAGCCGCUGGUGGACGGCAUAUGUUUUUCAUAAUUUGUAGCUAAAAAUUAAAUCACGUUUCUUAUCAGCGAUGUGAUGCGAUUGUGAGUGCCUUUCUUUUUCAACAAUUACCAAAAUCAUAAAGGCAGCCAACGAAAUUACCUACAACGAAAUUUCACUUUCAGUUUGUACGACUGUGUUUACGCUUGUGUUUACGAAAACAAAAGACUUAAGGCACGAACUUGCUGGAGUGAAGGUUAAGUCGUUCGAUUUGAUAUUCAAUCGGUAUAACGAAAUCGAAAGCCAUGCCAAUGCACUCGUCGAAAAGGUCCCACCUGAACCGCAUAGAUAAUAGGUAUUUGCCAUUCGAUUAGAUUCCUUCUUCCUGGCUCUCGCUUUUUGGCUUUCGGUUUUAUGUACUUUUGUGCAUCCGAUGUGAAACCUGGCCUCCUUGCGAAACAGAGCAUCGUAUGGAAGAGUUUUCUUGGGGAAAACUGGCACACAGAAUUGCAAAAAGCAAAAGCCGCUGCAAACAUCAAAUGGCAAAUGGCACGCAAUGGAAUGGGCAUAAAAAUGCACGCAAUUAAGUCGGCCAAAUGAUUUACAGUGAAAGGCGGUGAAAUUUAUGGCAUGCAAAGCGUGAGAAGACAAUUCAGCCGAUCAAAAGAUCUCCAGGAACUGUAAGACCAGAACAUUGGAAAAAAACCGACUCCAAUGUGGGGACUUUCGCUUUCAUUGGAGCGCAAUUUGUCGACGCUGGCUCGUUGAUUGGAGGAAGGGGGUGUGGACAGGUCAGGGAUUGGAGUUGAAAUUGGACGGGGUCCGCUUAUGAAACCCCUUCACAGAAACCCAUAUGCUAAUUAACCUCGGCUGCCUCCUGCUUUCUAUCGUGUGAAACGUCAGCCAAGUGUUAUGCGCGGCGUAUUUUGUAAAUCAUAUUUCGAAUUUGCAUUUAACGCAGUCUCAGAUGGAGAUGGAAAUGGAGAUGGGGAUGAGGAUCAGGUCGGAGACAUUUGGCUGACGGCUCUGGCCGGUUGUCUUUAUGCUAAUCAAACAUGUUUGUUUACAAAAUCCCAAUCGGAUAACAAAUGGUGGCUACAGACCGCCCUCAGUGGGUGGUUGGGGGAGUCAACUAGUUUUACACGGCUUAGUUAUCGAACAAACGGUGCUAGCCUAGUAUUUCAAUGCUUUUGAUAUUAAUUUUUCAAAUAAAUAACGAUUUCAAAGCGCCUUAAUCCUCUUUAAAUUAGUUUAUACCUAAGAGAUAUUACUCAAUGUGUAGGGAAAAUAGUAGACCGAUUAUAAUGCUAGUUUAUAUUUCUAUGUGAGCAGAACUAUGUAUAUGGGCAUACAAUAUCUGUUUAUUAACUUUAUUUUACUUUCUAAAUAGUUGCAAAUUCCAGCAAAGUCUUUAUAAUACGCAAUUUUCUGUAAUAAAAUGGCACAAUAAAUGAAGCAGCUUUUAAAUAAAUUAGCAAAGAAACUGAAAUUGCCUAAAUCUGGGAUUGAUUCAGUGACGUUACAAGUACCCAAAUCAAACCGGUUGAAUGUGGUUCGGUUGAACGCGAAUUGAAAGGCAAUCGAUUGCCGUCGGAUAUGGUCUAGUCCACCAAAUCCACUGUUAACCCUCUGUUGCCAACUAACAGUGGUGAACGAAAGAGCCGAGCAAAGGCAACGCAGCAAAUUUAAUUUUCCA